AUGCCUACCAUCGGCCAAGUUUACCAGCUUUCCAAGACUGAAGAAGAUACUUCAACGAUUGGUACUGCGUACGGAGAUAUCAGCAUUCUCGGCCAGAAGGUCCGCAAGACCCAGUUUGCCAAUCCUUUGAAUCAAGCCAUCCUUUUUCUCCAUCCACACUUGACCCAAACCUACAACCCACUCAAAGGCCGAACUCUGAGCACCAAUGGCCCUAUCCGCGCUGGAGAGCUCCUCAUGGCCGACCUCCCCUAUGCCGUGCUGCCAACCGUGGCCGUUGGGGGUGGCGACGACUCCAUUUGCAGCAACCUGGGCUGCAGUCGACGCGUUUCCCGGCAUGCAGCAAAUAGCGUUACAUGCGAGACUGGUUGCUCUCUCGAUAUCUGGUGGUGUAACGAGUCCUGCAAAGAUGAAGACCAGGCCCGUCACGACUUCGAGUGCGCCUGGCUGAAGAAGUACAGCCCCGUUCUCCGCCAGGAACUCGGCGAUCACGAUUAUUACAUGCUUUGGAUCAUCAUCCGACUCCUUGCAGCCCGGUACCUCGAGCUCCAAGGCACAACGCCAACCAACGUUCACCAGCAACUCACAUUCCAAGAUCGCUUCGUUAGCGGCUGGAAAGGCGUCCAGCUCCUCCGAAGCAACCGUGGCUCCUGGCCCACGUCCCAGCUUCAACACUGGACCACUCUAGCCGAAAAAUAUUUGUUACAAUCUUCGCUCCUCCCGGAAACCCUCGACCUCGAUACCCUCGUCGACCUGAUCUGCGCCGAGGAAACCAACGUUUUCGAACUUUGCCCCGGCCCGACGGAGAUCAUCCCACACCAAUCUCCGGGCGUCGAGCGCGGCACGCAGUACGGCCUAGCUGUGUUUCUGCGCAUCACGCUCGCAAAUCACUCUUGCGCGCCCAAUGUGACACACCAAGCCGACGACCGUGGUCGAAUGAUGGUGACUGCACUGCGGGACAUCGCGCCAGGCGAGGAGUGUUGUACCUCCUACUUCGACCUGUCUGAAUACGUUGACCUGCAGGCACGUCGAAAGAAAACCCAGGAGUUGUUCACAUUCACGUGUACGUGCCCGAGCGCAACAAGAUCUACCAUCGCCCAAAUCCUCAACCACAUUGACUCUCAGCAUACUGCAGCACAGUACCUCUCCCACUUCACCAACUUCCAUUCUCCUACGCAGCAGCCCUUCGCUGUGAUUAAGGUCGGAGGCGCGAUACUCGAUACUCACCUCCAGACCCUUGCAUCAAGUCUCGCCUUCUUCAGCCGCAUGGGCCUCUACCCCGUUAUCGUUCACGGCGCCGGACCUCAACUUAACAAGAUCCUCGAGGAUGCAGGCGUGGAACCGCACUUCGAGGAGGGGAUCCGCGUAACAGAUGGCCAGACCCUGUCUAUCGCACGGAGACUCUUCCUCGAAGAGAACCUUAAGCUAGUCCAAGCGCUAGAGGAAAUCGGGGUUGCGGCGCGGCCGAUCACGGCGGGCGUGUUCCAGGCAGAGCAUCUCGAUCAGAAGAGAUAUGGGCUCGUCGGACGGAUAACGAAGGUGGAGACAGCGCCUAUUGUUUCGGCCAUGAGGGCGUCUUGCCUACCUAUUCUUACGUCUAUGGCUGAGACGAAGGAUGGGCAAGUGCUUAAUGUGAACGCAGACCUUGCGGCUAGUGAGCUGGCGAGAACGUUGAAGCCGAAGAAGGUAGUUUAUCUUGCUGAGAAGGGUGGGUUGGUGCAUGGGGUGACGGGGAAGAGGAUCGAGAGGAUUAAUUUGAGCGAGGAGUUUGAUGAUCUCAUGGCUCAAGAUUGGGUCAAGUAUGGGACGAGGUUGAAAAUUCGUGCUGUGGAGGAGCUGUUGCGUGGGUUACCGGGUACGUCUAGUGUGUCGAUUGUCCAUCCGGUUGAUUUACAACGGGAGGUUUUUGCGGCCUCUGGUGCCGGCACAUUGAUUGAGAGGGGGACAAGGAUCUACAGUACUACUUCUGCGGAAUUUAGGGAUGAGGAGAGGCUGGUGCAGGCUUUGGCACGGCAGGGGGCUGGUCAUGAUGAGGUGAGGUUUUGCGUGGAUGAGAUGCGGAGGAAUCGUCCGCUCAAGAUGUAUUUCAAUGAUCCGUCAUCUUUGAGUCCAUUGGCUGUCGUUGCAUUUGGGUCUGGAGGCGUACCGCGCUUGAUUACGUUUCCAAAUGGGAUUAUGGGUGCGGGUGCUGUCGCUGAUGAUAUUUUUGUUCGGAUCACGAAAGAUUUUCCCAAGAUGGUGUGGAAUGUUCGUGAUGAUGAUGACAGACUUGAGUGGUUUUCGGCUCGCGCAACUGGGAGGUUUCAGCAUGGAGGUUGGAUUCUGCUUUGGCACGGAUUGAAUCAGCAGGAGGCUAGGCAGUUGAUAUUGGGGUUCCGAGAUGAUUAUGAGGCGGAUGAGGUUGAAUUGGAAACGAGUGAUACCUAUAGACUGGCUGCUCAAGCUUAA